AUGUUAUUGACACAUGGAAAAGAGAAUGUUCUGGCACGCUGGUCAAGAGAUAACUACGUUAUGUAUUUCUGCAUCGGCAAACCUUUUAAAUGCAAAUUAUGAGAAGAUGAUAUGACAGAAAAGAAAAACCAGUGAAUAUAAUAACAUUUGAAAAAUAUCUAAAAAGGACAAAGAAAAUUUGAAUUACAAUAUUAUAAGCUGACAUGCUGAAGCAGUGUGGGGUCAACUUUGGCGGAGAAACUUGAAAGGCUUCAAAAGAGAGCGGCGAGGGUUGUCCUAAGAGAAGAAUCAGGCAAGGACCCGGUUUCCCAACUUGCCUGGGCUAACCUACAUAGUAGGCUACAAUAACAUCUGUGCAUAUUCAUUUUCAAGUGCUUGAAGGCACUUAUAUUCUCAUGUAUUCAUGUAUUUUAUUUUAAUUUAUCAGGAGCCCCAUUGAUAUCAGCCCUGCUGAAGGGGCAAAUCCUGUAUAAAUAUAGGUAAAUAAAUAAAUAAAUAAACACUAAGCUUUCUUCAACCAAAAAGGUCGUCUUAACUCAUCAGUUUAAUUUUAAAGAAGAUAAAUCCGCCGUAGUGAAAAUAUUCAAAGCAACGGUCUAUGUUUUAGCAUCAGCAAACGAAAAUGCUCGAUGACAAGUAUGGUCAGUAUUUUUGGGAUCUUUUUGAUUGUCUGUUCUGUUUUUUUUUUCUCUCGUUUUUCACGGCCCAAGUUCUCCACUUAACCCCAACAAGAAACUCGUACCGAGCCCACUGCUAUAGACAUUCAAGAAAGAUAAAGCGUUUAACAGAGAGCUUUCCACAACAUUUGCAUCUUGAUAUGGCACAAUAAAUUAUGGUGCUGUUAGGGACCUCUAACAGCAUUCAAAAUGGCCUCAACUUAGCCACCAUCUUCGGUCUUACUGAAAAUGAAGAGUUACCAAGUGCUACCUCAAGUCAAAACUACUGACCAAACCAAAAGAUAAAUGAAACAUUUGUCUAGCACUCAGUGAAUAUUAUAGAAAGGCAAAAAAGAGCUACAUUGCGCUCAUUCUUAAAUACUGAAUAACAACAACCUUUCUCGUUCAGCUUACAGAUUGUUUAUGGUACAGGAAGGGCCAGAUUGUUUAAAACGAAUAUCACAAUUCCCUCUCUACACGUUAGACACGUCUUUUAGGCUAGAAAAAGAAAAAGAAGUUCUACAAGAUAUGUACAAAUCUACAAACGGACAACAAUGGUACGAGGCUAGUGGAUGGAACAGUUCAACUAAUGAGAUCUCUCAUUGUUUCUGGUAUGGAAUCACCUGUCAUGACAACACGUCAUACAUAAAAAGUAUCGUGUUGCCUUAUAACAACUUGGAUGGCUUUCUUUUUCUUUCUUUCUCGACUGGAAAAACUUUACGAUCUCGAUAUUCGAAACACCCCAGGCGUGAUGCAUGGAGACCUCAACGUAAUAUUUGGUAUUCCUUCCUUAUCCUAUUUGUACUCGUCUGGCCUUCACCUUAG